AUGCCUCUUCACCUCCUCGGAAAGAAGUCAUGGAACGUCUACAACCCAGCGAACAUCGAGCGCGUUCGGCGCGACGAGGCCCAGGCCAAAGCCCAAGAAGAGGAGGAAGAGCGUCUCAUGCAGGAAGCUGAUGCUGAACGAAGGAUUCAGAUACUCCGCGGUGAACGACCUUCGACUCCACCUCCGCCGCCCCCAGCGCCGUCCGCCCGCCCACAAGACCGGAAAAGUCAUACAGAGGAUGCAGGGCGCUUUAGAAAGAGAAGGCGCUUAGCAGGAGAGGAUGACACGGAUAGAGAUAUUAGAUUUGCACAGGAAGAUGCACGGUUGGCGCUGGAUAGACGGGAACAACAAGCCGCCGCUCGGUCAAGCGAUGCGCCACUUCAUGAUAGUACUGGUCACAUUGAUCUGUUUCCUUCGGAGGCGAAGCACAAGCCUGUGGAAAAGAAUGCAGAGGCAGAAAAGGAGGCGAAAGAAAAGGAACGAGAACUUGAAGACCAAUACACGAUGCGAUUCUCCAAUGCGGCGGGGUUUCGGCAGUCUGUUGGGCAAGACCCUUGGUACUCGUCUUCGCAACGCGAGGGUGCAGCUGCUGAAUCUAUGCCAAGCAAGGAUGUCUGGGGAAAUGAGGACCCGUUAAGGAGAGAAAGGGAGAAGGCCCGGAUGGAUGCAAAUGAUCCACUCGCGGCGAUGAGAAAGGGCGUCCGUCAGUUGAAGGCGGUUGAGCAGGAGAGGAAAAGGUGGAACGAGGAACGAGGUCGAGAGCUGGAAGCUCUGAAGGCUUCAGAAAAGCGUCGAUCUUCUCACCGCAGCGUCGAGAUGACAGGGACGGAAGAUCCCAUCGGCACCAUCGGCAUCGUAGAGAUAGAAGUCGAGAUCGUUCGCAUCGACGACCCUCUCAUUCUGAUUCGCGGUCUCAUCGUUCUCAUCAUGAUCGACACCGUCGACACAAGGAAACUAGACGCCAUGAUGAAGACUCCCGAUCGAGACGCUGAAGGGUUCAGAUCUGCACCGGCAGCUUACAAUCCUAGGCUCUCUAGUACACGAUCUAAAGCUACGUUCUUUGAGUCGUACUCUUAA